AUGGUACAACAUUUUGCUGGAGGUCUGGCUGACACAGCCUUGUCUUCUCCAGAUGAUCUGCCUAACGUCAACUGCUAUGAUUCUUCAUCAGGAGCCAGUAACAUCCAGAGCUCAGAUGUUCCUGCAGAAGAAGAUGGGGUUCUGCAUGCGUGCUGUGGCUCAAAGCUUCUACUGCUGGACUCCAAACUCCUCAACACUACAGCUCUCAAACUCACGCCAUCGUCCUCCCCAGACGUCUUCUCAAAUGCCCCAUUCCCUGGAUGUGGACAAGACGGUAGGGACAUCUUCACCGGUGCUCCAUUUCCUCAACUUCAAGGAGCCCAUCCACAGCCUGACGUCUUCCUCCAGGCCCCAUUCUACAGAAGGAAUGAUCUGUCUGGACCGCAACAUCUAACGAGGUGCACGAAUGGCAAUGAGCCCAUUCUGCCCCAUACACCCGUGCACAGUCAAAUCCGGUUUCCUCAUUGCGUCGAGGCUCCGAUGCCCCAGCAACCCAUUGCCGCCCACCGCGUGGUCUCCAGUGUGGGCCAGCAGGCGGCCGUGAGCUCAGUCCCCGUUGGGCCACUUCACUCCUGGACGGUAGGUGUUCGAGCAGUGAUAGACCCCUUCCAGGCAGCCCCCUUCCAACCACGGGGCCCAUUGGGAAAGCCUUAAUGUUUGAGAAUGUUGUGCCGUCCCAGUGCUGGUUAUAUCUGUGGUGGAAGCAAAUCUAGCGUAGUCUAUCAUGAAACGACUACCUCAGUCCUCUUGACGCCAUCUGGCGGCACCGCAGCACUUUAGCUCACCUUCACUACGAUGUUCUUCCUCUGUGCAUCGCUCCACCAGGCAUGAAGAGAGCGAUUUCAUCUUUUGUUUGAUAUAAUGGUCUAUAAUCUACGUAUAUUCAUCCAAUUUCUUUUUGCAAUGGUUUAUACAUUAUAAGCUUUUUUUAUAUCAUACAUAGUAUUAAAAAAGUAAAAUGUGAAAAUGAAGGAAGUUUGUUGCGCUCGGUUUACUAGUUUACAGGGAGCAGCUGAUGGAACUAUUCAAAGGUUUUUAGGCUUUUUGAAGUACUAACUACCUUUCUGAGUCUCAAAGCUGGAAGAAUUUCCAGAACCUGGUGACAGAAUUGUUGAGGCCUUAUGACAGGUAAAAAUAGCUGGAGAAUCACGUUUCUUUGCUGUUCUUGUUAAACCCAAGGUACUGUAGGCGUCCUGGAAUGGACUGUAAGUAACUGACGGUCACAUCCACACCAUCUAAUGCAGUGAACUCAUUGAAGCACUUUUACGAUCUGUAAUUGUGGAUAUUGUAGUUUUGCUAUUUAUCUGCUGUAUAUUCACUGUGUAUUACUUCUAUGAUAAAUCAUUUCUGUUAAAA